AAUGUGCAGGGGAGGGUGGGCAGCUGGGAAAGAGCAGCCCAGGGCUGGACCCUCACCCUGCCCACACCCACUGGGCACCAGCCAUGGGCUGUGACCAGCUCUCCUCUCUACUUCCAGCAUGGAGAAGGUUUCUGCUGCCUCAAAAUACAGUGAAGGUGACCCUGGACCAGGACACGGCUCAUCCCAUGCUUGUCCUGUCUCAGGACAACAGCAGUGUGAGACGGGAAACUGAAUGGCAGCAGGUUCCUUACACACCAGAGAGAUUUGACACUUGUUGCUGCGUGCUGGGCCAUGAGGAGUUCAGAGAGGGGAGGCACUGCUGGUUGGUGGAGGUGGAGGGGGAGUGGCUAAAGUAUUCUUGGUGGUCUGUGGGGGUGGCCAGGGCAUCUGUGAAGAGGAAGGGGUAUUUUAAAAGGUGCACUGAAGAAGGGAUCUGGGCUGUGCAGUACAAAGAAGGACAGCUCAUGUCUCUCACAUCUCCUCCCACCCGCUUGUCCCUGUCCCCUGUCCCCAAGAGGAUCUGGGUCUGUCUGGACUGUACCCAGGGGCAGGUGUCUUUUAUCAACGCUGACAAUGGGGUCGAGAUCUUCACUUUCACAGCAGCCUCCUUCAAUGGGGAGAGCAUCCGCCCCUGGUUCUGGCUGAGGACACGGGGAAUUCAGCUGUGCCUGAGGGACAGCACCCCCCAGACCCUGUCCCCAGCUCUGACGGGCUCCUGCCCUUCUCCAGCCACUCCUGCAUCACCUCUCCUUGAUCCUGCAGAAACAGCACAGGAAUGAGGGGCAGGGAGGCCAGGGGCUGCCCCGUGCUCCUUCCCUGCUGCUGGAGGAGGGCUGGGAUGCUGCAAGCAGGGGCAAGGCCCCUUGCAGCCCUCGGGCUCUGCCCUGCACGCGGCUCCUGUGCUGGGGCACAAGCCCUGCUGGCACCCGCAGGUCUCACCCUGCCUCUGAGCCCCAGCAGGCAGCACAGGGGCUGCAGCAGCUCUCCACGCUCCUCUCCCCUCUGCUUGCACUGCUUGCAGAACCCCAGUGCAAGGGAUGUGGUCACCGUGUGCUGCCGGCCAUUGCAGCCCACCUUUGCCUCCUAGUUUGGGGUUGAUCUUUGCUCUGUGCCUGGUGCUGAGCAUGAGCAGCCUGUGGGGGCUCUUUGUUCCCUCCUCUGGAGCACAUCAAGGCGCAGCAGCAGCAAGGCUGUGGCAAAUAAAGUUUUGCACAGGAA